UCAAACGCACGUGCAAAACAUUUAUAAAAGUGGACGGACCUUGUCGCGCGAUUAUUCGAUGCUCAAUGGAGACUUGAACGCCGGCUGGUGUCCUGUUGUAACCAGUGAAAGAGGAAAACGGGUAAGAUGCUGCCGGACGCCUAUGGCUGCGUUGUGGCCAACAGGUUCGGGAAUGUUCCCGACGACGACAGGGACCCGUUGGACUUACUAAGCGAGGUGGAGAGGGAGAAGGAGAGAACGUGGAAGAAGAAGAAGGAGGAGGACGAAAAAAAGGCCAAGCAGAAGAAACCUGGCCAGAAGGAAUCCCAGAGGGACAGACGUAUGCCCACUAUGAAAAUAGCGCUUCCAGAACCCGAUGCAGUUUGCAAGCAACCAGCCCGUGCCAAAGGUGAUGACAGAGCAGAGACAAAAAGAAGCUCAAAGUUGGCUGUCUAUGGGGAGCGUAGGGCCAACCCCGCCGUGUACCCACAGGAAUUCUCUCUCCCCAAGCCUUCAAACGAUCAAGAUACUGACACCCGGAGCCGAGGGGGAGGGAGAGAAGGAAGAGGAGGGUACACAAGAAACUUUGAUCAUUUUGUCCUGAGGGGCAAAAGAGAAUACGACCGACACAAUGGAACCGGUCUCUCACCUGAUGAGAAGAGGGGCGGCCGAGGUCCCUGGAACUGGGGUUGUGUGGCUGAACCGGCAAGCGAGUUAAUGGAUGCGGCGCCUGAUGCUCAGCUACAUUCUGAGGAGCCUCAAGCACCAGUGGAAGAGAACCAGAACAUUGCAAUGCCUGAGGAGGAUGGAGAAAUGUUGGUUCAGGUUGCUAUGGAGAUGACUCUCGACGAAUGGAAGGCCUUGCAGGAGGUCAGUCGUCCGAAGGCAGAGUUCAAUAUCCGUAAAGCAGACAACACAAUUCCAUCAAAGGCCAAAGUCAUCCACCAGUCGAAACGUGUGGAGCAUCUCAAGGAGCAUGCGGAGGAAAUGGAGGACGAAGGUAAUUUCCUCCGCCGGUCUGUGAAUGACAUCACCUCCCUUCUGGACAUCAACUUUGGCAGUCUGGGACGCCCCUCUCGAGGCGGUAGAGGCAGGGGCGCUCGUGGUGGUCUGUCCAGCCUCCCGGAGAGAGCCAAACCCACACCAGAGAAGGUGGGUGAUGUGGCUCCUGACCCUGACAACCCAGAAGACUUCCCAGCAUUAUCAGCAGGCAGAUGACCAAGUUCACGCUUCAUGUAGCCGUGUGGGGGCACUUUAAAACGCUGACCAGAUAUAAAAAAAAAAAAAAAAAAAACGUUUUCAUGGUUCUGCUGUUCUCAAGAUUUGGUGUCUUAUUCCUCUGGGUUUCUGUUACCAUUCACCCAUGGCACUGAGCUCAUAAAGAAUUUUGCAAA